AUGGGUUUCCUCGGCCUUGCCCCCUUCACCAAUGCUGGUGCUGUCUAUGACCCUGUCCAGCAGGUGCUGACCAUCUCAGCCCAGGGUGAAGCCCAGAAGUUCACAUACGGUUACUUCUUCAAGCGCGUCGUCCCGUGGGUGGGCGGGCUCCGUUUCGAGCUGUAUGCCUGGACCGGCCCCCUCUCCCACGGCACAGAGCCCUUCGAGGUGUCUCAGCCGUUCAAUAUCCCCAACUUGCAGGUCGGCGACCCCAGCAACACCAUCAUCUUGGUGGGUUCCAACCACCCCAGCGGUGAGAUCAUCGAGAUCAAGUGGCUUGGUCUCAAACCCCCCGUGGGCAACGGCCAGAGCCUACCAAAGCGCGAUAAGAAGCUCUCAACGGACACACCACAGCCGCCUCAGACACUGGAUGCCGAGACUCCUGCGAGGAUCAACACUCUCUACAAAGAGCCCUUCACCAUCAGCGAGAGGGCCUAUUCAGGACCCGGAGCCACCUUGAACAUGGACUUUGACCCCCAAUUCCUGAUGCUCACCAGAGCAGGCAUCGAAGGGGGAGACCUUGUCUGGACUUUCAACUCGCUCGAGACAGGUAUCACCCAGGUUGUCACAUACAGUACAGAGGGCCUUGGGACUCCUGUCAUCCGCAAGGUCUACACCGUCAAGGUGUUCGUGCUUGACAGCGCAGCCCGGCAGAGCAGCGACAGCAGCCAAGGCAACGGCGUGGUCAGCAACCUGGCCGUGACCAACGGGCAGAACGGCAAGAACGGGGCCACCUCGAAGCCGGACGCCAUCCUCAGCUUCCUUGGCCGCGUCUUCGAGGCGCAGCGCAUCGCGCAGGGCGCCCUGCCCUCGGCGCGCCUGCUCCGCGUCCAGGCCACCCUCCCCGCCGGGCCGGUCUACCCCGUCACAGACCCGCUACGCCUGUCGCAGCUGGAUGUUCUGUUCGUGGGCGACAACAACGAGUAUGCCACUGUGAAGUCCACGGGCUGGGGCGAGUGGGCCCUGCCUGUCGUGAAGAAGGGGACGCCGAUCGUGGGGCUGCAGACCUUUGCGGUCGAGGACUGCAAGGUCGAGAUCACGCAGGCUGACGAGGCGGUCCGCGCUGAGGUGGGCAUGAAGGCUUUCUUCGAGGUCACUCUGGCGAGGCCGCUUGGGGCCCCGCAGUACGGUCCCUACAACCCGCUGUAUACUUUCCAGAUGAUUGAUACUAGCGUGAUCUCUGUGGAUGCUGUCACUGGGAAGAUUCUCGGAAACUGA